UUCUCUUCUCUCAAAGCUCCCAAGGCGCGUGGUAGCAGCUGAAGAAAAGUGGGGAGCGGGCACGAGGGAGAUCUGGCUCCUAUAUGUAGCCCCGAAUCUCUGCCGGGCCAACUAUUACGUCCCAAGCUCGCGAGGCAACUGUGUCUAUCGCAAAUGUGGUUAAGUUCACACCAAUACUGAUAAACAAUAUUCAUAAUUAUUAUUUUUCACAAUCACUUACUUUUUUUUCAUUGACAUUCAGUGUUGUUUGUUGUGAUGAUAUAAGCUAAGUGACAAGUGCUGUGUUGUUGUUGUUGUUGUUGUUGUUGUUGUUAUUGGUUGGUUUUAUGAUUUACAACCAAUUAUUAUAAACUAUUUUAGUAAAAUAAAACAAAAGAAGAAAUAAAAUGCCACGGGCAUUUUUAAUUACUCACCGACGUUACAACGGCACAGAUGGAUUUGAAGAUGUCGGAAGAGACUACAGUCCAGAAAGAGGCGUAAGAAUUCCCGACUACGGUUCAAAUCAGCCGACAUCUGACGGAGUAAGUGAUUGUGGAAGCGAGACAUCCUCAGAAUGUCCAGAAGAAUUGUACAACUUGACAAAACUGGCAGAGGUUAGUCUUGCUGCUGCAGCAGGAACACUGAUCCAUCCAAAUAAUGUGAUUUAUCACCGGUCAUUGUCACCACGGUGGACACCAGGUGUCGAGAACCUUCAUGUCUACCGCUCAUCACCCCCAGAAUCGUUGCAUCAUAUAAAUUUUCAUCAUAACCUCAAUCACAGAUCUGAAAACGAGCUGAGUCUGCAUGAAAGAACGAGACUAUUUUUUGAAAGGAUUGAAACAGAGCGAGAGAUUCUCCAAGACAAGACCAAGGCUCGGCUGUCUCAUUUGGACGAGUCAAAAAAUUUGUCACUGCCAAUUAAUCAAUCUCUGUCGCCGAUUAACUUGCCAGCGAGAAGGAUUUCAUCAGGUCAGUCGGAUACUUCUAAAACGGAUGACAACGAAGAUCACGAGUGUCCGGAUUGUGGUAAAAAAUACUCAACUUCGUCAAACUUGGCCCGACAUCGACAGACUCAUCGGUCACUGGGUGACAAAAAGGCUCGAAGGUGCCCGCACUGCGAUAAAGUUUACGUCAGCAUGCCGGCUUUCAGCAUGCAUGUUAGGACUCAUAAUCAAGGAUGCAAGUGUCAUUAUUGUGGAAAAUGUUUUUCACGGCCGUGGCUUCUUCAAGGACACAUCAGGACUCACACAGGUGAGAAACCCUUCAAGUGUACCAUCUGUAAUAAAGCAUUUGCUGACAAGUCAAAUCUCCGUGCCCACGUGCAGACUCACUCAAACACGAAGCCACACAUCUGCGGAAGAUGUGGCAAAGCAUUCGCCCUCAAGUCUUAUCUUUACAAACACGAAGAAUCUUCUUGUAUGCGAGCUCACCAUCGCGCGGACAAGAAGGAACCCGCUGGUGAACCACCAUCGUUAUCACCUUCAACGCCAUUAUCAUCUUCUCCGUCUUCAGCUAGUGCACCGACUAGACCGGCACCAGGUAUCACUUCUUCGCCGACAAGUGUCAUAGUCCCUCGACCGGGGUUUGCACUAGAGCCUAUGUCAACAAUAAUCAGACACACCCAAAGCCAGUCUUCCGUUUCUCCUCCGACUCCCGCAAUUCUGGAAGAAAAACCUGCUAAAAUUGGAGCAAGUGAUAGCGAGUAUUUGUCUCGGAUGGUAAUUCGAACCUCGGUAAUUUCGCAAAAUCCUGAACAUGUUCCCGGUCGCAACGCUAAAAAUGUUCCGUUUGAUUUUUCAGAUCCUACUAGACCGUCUGCGUUUUCGCGACCGGGAAUAACUUUGAAUCUCGCUAUUGCUUAGUACUUAUUUUAUUUUAUUUAUUUUUCUCAGUUUAUUCAUUUUAAGUUAUUAUUUAGAAAUGUAUGGAUGCAUGUUUGG